UGGGAGAGCCUUGGGGAGGCGGCGCCCGGCAGAAGCUAUGCGCUCACCUGGAGAAGGUCCCCUCUAGCGGCCACAGGCAGGACGUCCGAACAAAACCCUGCUCCCCGACUCUGUCUGGAGAGCUCAGAUCCUCUCAACCACCCUCUCAGUGAGACACAGGGCUCACGCCCAUUUUACAGAUGAAGACAUGACAUUUGGACAGAGACCUCGAUGAUGAGAAAAAGCUAGUUGUGGUUCAGACCCUGACGACAAGCGAGCUCAGAGGGAGCACCGGAGAGCAAAACGAGGUUGCCGUGUUGUAGGAACUACCCAAAGGACAGCGCAGCUGAUUCCAGAUCCAUGAUAUCCUGCCAUGAACAGUUACACAAGCACAUGCAACAGUGAGGCACAUCUGGGCAGUGCUCCAUUCACACCUGGGCUGCACUUUCUCUCAUUCUGGCUUCACAGGUGCUUAGAAGAACAUGUAGUCAAGUUUUUCAUCAAGCAAAUGGAAUAUAUCAUAGAACUUUGCUAAGAUGGACAACUCCACACAAAAAGACCAACAUCCUGGCAAAAAAUAUUCCCGAAAGGCUAACAAAGUACACAAAGGUUUUACUGCUGCAUAUCCAACACAGUCCUCCAUUCCUGUUAAAUAUCAGCCUUCGGUAAUUCCAGAAUCAGAAAAAAAAGGAUUUAAUAGUCAAGCCAGGAGAUUUUAUCAUAAAGAGGAUGGCAUCCCAGGUCCUGGAUCCUACAACGUCACUCACCAAUCCCCAGUGUUCGACAGUGUCUCGUUGUCUAAGAAAGGGACGUGCACUUUCCCCUCCAUGCGAGCCCGAAUGGACACCAUCGUUUCUAAAUACCCUGCAGCUAAUGCAUACACUAUCCCGUCACGUUUCGCUUCGAAGAAAGACUUCAGUAAUUCCUGUUCCAGCAUGUUCCAGUUGCCAAGCUUCGAGAAAUUUCUCAAAUUUGAAACUCCCGCACCAAACCAUUACAAUGCCUCUGUCUCUUGCUGCAAGCAGACAAACAAUGUCUGUGCCCGAGCCGGGUUCAUGUCCAAAACCCAGAGAGGACUUUUCACCAUUACUGAAAAAGGGCCUGCCCCAGGGCAUUAUAAUGUCAACGAAUCUCUUGUGAAGCAGUCGCCAAAGAUAUUGAUGUCUUGUUUCAAAUCGAAAACUGGCCGUGGAUUAAACCUGACGUCGACAGGCCCGGGACCCGGUUAUUACAACCCGAACGAUCACACCAAAGUUCAAAAAAAGACUCUCAUCCCGAGAAACCCUGUCCUGAACUUCUCUGCCCAGCCUUUGCCUUUGCCUCCGAAGCCGCCUCUUCCGGGCCCUGGUCAGUAUGAGAUCGUGGACUGUGUGGGGCCCCCCAAGCAUUUCGUCAAGAGUGCAUCCUUUGUGUCCAACACCAGCCGGUGGACAGCGGCGCCGUCCCAGCCAGGCCUGCCCGGCCCAGCCACAUACAAGCCGGAAUUCCCUGGAAAACUGUCCUUUCUCUACAAUGAGGACAACAAAUGGAUCCCAGUGCUGUAGUCACCUCACGCAAGCUCAAGGGGAGCCUGGCCCCCAGCUGCCCACCUGGGUGCCCUAGAAGUUUCAUUCAGAGACUACACAUUUCCUGUGUGUCAGCUGAUGACUUGGGGCAAGCUCUGCCACCAAGCCUGGUGUUACAGUUGGGCUGCUGCAUUUGUCCUUGUCGUGAACUGCCCCCUGGAGAUUGGACCCCACCCCACCGACUCCAGUAGUUUCCUGAGCAGAAUGAAAAGUGGGCCGAGCCCCUCUGUUACUUGCAUGCACCGGUCGGGGCUGCUUCUGCGUGCCUGCCCCCAGACCUGAGGGGUUCCUGAAGCCCAGACUCCAGGAGAAGGCAGCCAUGGCAGAUGCCCUGUCUAGAAGCCUUCUGCUGGGCCAGGGCUCAGGGGCCCAGAGAGCACUACAGGACAGACAGCACAGGGCCGUGGCCCCGGCACGCUCCCAUACUUCUGGCCUUGACUUCCAGGCUCCUCCUGGAGUUCCAGGAGCCAGGAAGGCCCAGAGGCACUUGUGACAGGGACACGAAGGGUUGGCCUGGCCCUUGCCCCCAGCUUGGCUUUUGUCUCUCAUCUCAAGAAGAGCAGUAGCCAGUCACCAUGGUCACAGGAGCAUAUUACCCCACUUCUGGAGAGGCCACCACAUCUGUUUAUUGGCUCUGUGUUUCGGGGGCAGGACCCUGGUGGAGCCAGAGCCCUGGACACAGCGGGCCUCAAGAGCACCUGCAGGUUCUUACUUUCACCCGGCCUGUCCCCUUCCCUGGUCCGGUCUCCGUCCCCUCUCACCUUCUGCUCAAGUUUGACAUGAUUGUCAAUGGAUCUUUUCUGUCCUGCCAAGUCAUUCCCUCUCAGCAAGAGGUAAAGAUUCUCAAAGAACCAGAGGAACUGGAGUUAACCACACAUCCCUCUUUCCCAGCUGUUGACAGUCCUGCGUCCUCGGGCCUCACUCCCCCUUGGUCUCUCCUGUGACUUUCCUCCCAGAAGGUUAGUCCAGAGCUGGUCACUGAUUGGCUUUUGGUGCGGGCAGAGGGGGAAGAGGGAGAGAGAAGGAUGCAAUAACGUGUCAUAUUAAACUGAGUUCUCACUUCUCACAAAAGCUGGCCUUUUUGUGAACCUCAGAUUCCCACAAGUGCCCCACCGCUUUGGGACGACUGACUGGGAGGCGGCCUGGAGCCCGGCGCCAAGUGCGUCCAAGGUCUGGAUUACAGGUGACACCUGGUGCUGCCGUCCACUCAGCUUGGGUCCUCAGCUUCUCCCUGAGGUGAAGAGUUGGAUCAGAAUUUGGGGGCUCAAGGUCAAGCACUUCCCGGGCUGGAAGGGCAAGGCAGGAGACAAAACACAAGAGGCAGGAGGGGGUCCGGGAGCUGAGGCCGCUGCCCACCUAAAGGGGUGUCUAGCACAGGGCCAGCUCCCGGCUGCCACAUCUGCAAAGUUUUCAGCAGCAUCUGGGAGAUCUCAAAAUGUGAAACCACUGGACUGGAGAUCUUGGCAACCAUAGUUCAAUUGAAAUUUUUUUGUUCAGGCUAAAGGAAACUCUUCUGAUGGCCAUCAGUUGUCCACUUGGGUGCUGGAAGGUCUAGAAGACUCCUUCAAGGCUGACACUUGAAGCUGUACCUUUCUUUGACUUUGGACUCUUGACAAUGGGGCCAGGCCCCAAGGUCUUGGUUUUGAGGUCCCUCUGACCCUAGGGGUUCUUAGCAGACCACUGGGCUGGAAGCAGCCAGGCCUGGAGUCCCUGUGGGCAGGGCUGGUGGGAAUGCAUGGAGAACAAGACAGGACUCUCCUCCAGCGGCGGGGCUGAGCACGGAGGUGAAGGCUUCUUUCUAGAAGCCGCUCAAAUGGGGUCAGGAAAGAGGAGACCCUGGAAAGAGAGUGACAGGGCUGCUCUCGGCCAGUUGGAAUCCAAGUCCCAUAGAAGACACAGCUGGAGCUGAGGUCCUGUGCUCAGAGGGUCUGUCUUGAUUGUAUCUACCCUCUCUGAAGAUGUCAUCGGCAGCUCACAGCUCUGUCCAGCCCAGUGGUUCUCAAGCCCAACUGUAAGUAGGGUCACUUUAGGAGCUGUUACAGACACAGACUGCCCAGGCCUGACCCUCAUGGCUCUGACUGAGGUCAGGUCUGGGCAUUGGUAUCUUUACUAAAGUUCUUGGUAGGAUUACAAAGUGUCUAGUUAGGGUUAGGAUACGCUGAUAGUUUAAUAAAGUGUUUUCCAAAUUUUA